AUGUCGCUUGCUACCAAGACUCAAUCGCAGAAGAUCUUUGAGAAGCUGAAGCAGAAGCAGGCUAACAAGAUCUGCUUCGACUGCGGCGCCAAAAACCCCACCUGGUCUUCGGUUCCCUUUGGCAUCUAUCUCUGCCUGGACUGCUCGGCUCACCACAGAAACCUUGGUGUUCACAUCUCCUUCGUUCGCUCCACCAACCUCGACAUCUGGCAAUGGGAGCAGCUCCGUACCUUCAAGGUUGGCGGCAACGAGUCGGCAACCAAGUAUUUCCAGAGCCAUGGUGGCUCUGCCGCUCUCGCUAGCAAGGACCCCAAGACAAAAUACACAUCCAACGCCGCCAACAAAUACAAGGAGGAGCUGACACGGAGGUGCCAGGCUGAUGCCAAACUAUACCCUGAGGAGGUUGUUAUCACCGACCUUGCCGAUGAGGCCGGCGCAAGUGGCACAAGCACCCCUGCAGGCGACGACGACGACUUCUUCUCUUCUUGGGAUAAACCAACCAUCAAGCGUCCUAGCAACCCUCCAUCUCGUACUGGCACACCAGGCAUCAACCGUACCAACUCACCAUUUCUCAACACCCCAGCCAAUGGCGCUGCACGACCGAAGUCACCAUUGACCGCCGACGCACCCGCCCCUGCACCCACCACUGCUCGUGCAAUCCCUGCAGCAGCUGCUCGCAAGACCGCCGUGGGUGGUGCAGCUCCCCGCAAGACCAACAUCCUGGGCGCAAAGAAAAAGCUUGGUGCAAAGAAGGUGGACCCUGCAGCCCUUGACUUCGACGCAGCAGAGCGCAAGGCUCGUGAGGAGGCAGAGAGAAUCGCAAAGUUGGGCUACGACCCGGAGGCCGAAGCAACUCCUGCAGAAGCUCAGAUCAGCUCAGCACAACCAGAUUCCACCUCAAGUAUCGUGAGCCCACAACCUGUUAGUCCCAGACCGGGCGUUGGUUUCGGCGCAACUGGAAAGGGCAAGGAAAAGGAUCAGGGCGACAUGGAGAGACUGGGUAUGGGUGUCCGCAAGCUUGGGUUUGGUCAAGUUGGUGGUGGCGCUCCUGCCGCCGCGGCGCCCAAGAAGAUGGGCUUCGGUUCGACUGCCAGGGCGACAGAAGAUGAUUCAGAAAAGUAUGCUCGCCAGAAGUUUGGAGCCCAGAAGGGUAUCUCAUCAGACGAGUUCUUUGGCAGAGGUACAUUCGACUCGAACGCUCAGCAAGAAGCCAAGUCUCGUCUGCAAGGCUUCGAGGGUGCACAAUCUAUUUCGUCUAACGCAUACUUUGGAAGACCCGAGGACGAGAUGCCCGAGGGUGAGUAUGGAGACAUUGAGACGGCAGCCAAGGACUUUGUUCGCAAGCUUGGUAUUACCGCAGGAGACGAUCUUGAGAACCUCACCAGUCUAUUGGGCGAGGGCACCAACAAAUUGCAAGGUGCUAUCAGAAACUACCUCAACGGAUAG